AUGGCUUACCAGACAUCCCAAUUGCCCUCAUUGGAGCUGCUCAUCUUUCGAUGCCUCUUCCACCUUCCCAUCGCUUUGAUACUUAAGUUUCGUGGUGAUCCACUGCUGGGACCUCCUGAUGUUCGGGUUCGGGCCUUCCUUCAUGCCAUUCUCAAUGUCCUCAGCAUUGGCUGUGCCUACAGUGCCGUUCAGGUGGUGCCCGCCGGCAACGCAGUCACUGUUCGAAAAGGUUCUUCCACCGUGUGCUCGGCCCUCCUUGCACUCUGCCUCGAGAGCCAGCGUCUCAGCGGCUAUGCCUGGUGUGGUCUGUUUGGCAGCACCCUUGGACUAAUCAUCAUUGUGGGACCUGGACUAGGGACAUUGCAAGAGGGGACUACUGGCCUCUACACAGCCCUGGGCUAUGUACUGGCUUUCCUGGGAGGUCUGGCUCUGUCGCUGGGGCUGCAGGUUUACCGUUCUCUACACUUCCCCUCCUGCCUACCAACUGUGGCCUUCCUAUUUGGCCUGGUGGGGCUAAUAGUCUCUGUACCAGGCCUCUUUGUGCUACAGACCCCCGUGCUACCACAAGACACUCUGAGCUGGAGCUGUAUGGUGGCAGUGGGGCUCCUUGCGUUGGUUUCCUUUGUAUGUGUCAGCUAUGCAGUCACCAAGGCCCACCCUGCCCUGGUAUGUGCUGUCCUGCACUCUGAGGUCGUGGUAGCCCUGAUGCUGCAGUAUUACGUGCUUUAUGAGACUGUGGCGCCUUCUGACAUCAUGGGAGCAGGGGUUGUGUUGGGCAGCAUUGCCAUCAUUACUGCCCAGAACUUCAGUUGUGAUAAGGAAGGGCAAGUGGAGGAGUGA